ACUCUCAGGCAAACAGGCUCCCAUGCUCAGAGUGACAGUGGCCAGAGAGCCACAGUGACGCUUGGUGCUAGCAAGCACCUCCACAGCUCCUGCUGCCUUCCAGCCAGGGCUCCAAUGAAGCGGUUUGUGAGGAUGGUGCUCCGCGGCCUGGUCAACAUAUCCAAGGCGGGACCCUGGCUGCGGAAGACGGCACGGACCCCAGGGAGGGAGGACAGGAAGGCUAAGACUGUACCCCAGCUCGUUAAGAUGAUUAUACCAGUGUUCCUGAGUGCCAACGAGCAGGUGCUGACCGAGGUGCCCAUUACACCAGAGACACUGUGUAAGGAUGUGGUGGAACUGUGCAAGGAGCCUAGUGAGAGUGGCUGCCACGUUGUCGAAGUCUGGCGGGGUAAUGAGAGAGUGAUCCCUUCAGAUCACCUGAUGCUGGAGCACCUGCAGAAAUGGGGUCAGCGGAGGCAGGAGGUGAAGUUUUACCUGCGGCACGAGGACCCGGCCGCCGAGAGCAGCGAGCAGGGUGGACAGCUGUCAGACCAAGCCAGCAGGAAGGGCAGAGGGCUGGUGGACAAGCCCUGCGAGAAUGCGAUAGGGAAUCCUCGUGUUGAUCUGACGCUGUCCGAGCUACAGGAGAUGGCCAUGCGCCAGCAGCAGCAGAUCGAAGCUCAGCAACAGAUGCUUGUGGCCAAGCUGUCCUCUGUUCGUUCUGAGGAGCAGCGCCUCCGCUACCUGAAGCAGCAGGAUUGUCGUCAGGGGCCAGCCGCAUCCGAGUCAGAGAAGCUACAGCACCUCAGGGAGCGCGUGGAGAGCCAAGAGGCCAAGCUGAAGAAGAUCCGCGCCAUGAGGGGCCAGGUGGACUACAGCAAACUCAUCAACGGCAACCUGUCAGCAGAGAUUGAGCAUGUGACUAGCCUGUUCCAGGAGAAGCAGGCAGAGCUACAGAAGGCUGUGCUGAAGGUGGACCAGCUCACUCAGCAGCUGGAUGACCUACGGCAGGGACGCCUGCAGCCUUUGGGGGCGCCACUGAGUGGAACCACUGCUCUUGAACUGCGAAAGCUUUACCAGGAACUGCAGAUCCGGAACAAGCUCAAUCAGGAACAGAACAGUAAGCUGCAGCAACACAAAGACUUGCUGAAUAAACGCAACCUGGAGGUGACAAUGAUGGACAAACGUAUCGAGGACCUGAGAGAGCGACUCUACAAGAAGAAAGCUGAGUUGAGUCGAAUGAGUGGUCCCCCCUCCCCCCAGCCUGCUCCGGUGAGCUCUGGCCGCAUCGCGGCUGUGUGCCCAUACAUCCAGCUCCCUAUGGUGGCGAGGAAGGACGGAGGCCACACUUUACCCCCUGACCCCCUCAAGCCCCACCCACUUUCCCCCACAACCAACCAUGUCCGAUCUAAAUCAGAGGACGAUGGGCCAAGGAAGACAGCAGGUCCCUGGAAGGUCUCAAACUUAGACAUCACAGUGGACCCUGUGGUACCCUCGCCAGAGCCGAGAGAGGGGCCCGGGUCACACUUGGGCUCCGGCUGUGUCUCCUCGAACGAUGCCAGCUGGGUCUUUUUCGCUAAGAACAUGGCCUCUUCAAAAGCCCCAGACUGGAAGAACUCCAGCCAUGAGCCGGGCAAGAUGGCCGUCGGUGAAAAGGACUCUACUACUCUGCUGGGGACAGUAACAGGCUUGUCCAAACAGGCUCCGCCCACCUACGGCACCUACCCCAGUGUGGGAUACCACUCCAAAGUCUGUUCCACCAGCUCCCUGCCACGCUCAGCCCCGGGAACCCUGGCUCGGCAGAGAGUGCCCCCUAGUUCUGGUUCAUCCUCGCAGCAGAUCCAGCAGAGAAUUACAGUACCCCCAAACGGGUCACCCCUCUUCACCCAGGGCGAGAGGACUGACCCCCCACUGGCUGUGGCCGUGCGCCCCUUCAUUUCUGACCGGGGAUCACGACCUCAUUCCCCUAGGAAAGGCCCUGCCACCAUGAACUCCAGCUCCAUCUACCACAUGUAUCUGCAGCAGUCAGUAGCCAAGAAUUAUCCCAGUAGCAGCACCAGAGCUACAGUUAAAGCAGUGUAUGGAAAGCCGCUGUUGCCAAGCUCUGCCUCACCCUCCCCAGUGCCCUUCCAGCAUCAGGCCACGAGAGAUGAGACGGACAGGGAGACAGAUCCAGAGAGCGCACCCCUCCCCCCACCCAGUGUGGAGCACAUUCCCCGCCCCCUCAGCCCGACCAAGCUCACCCCGGUGGCCCACUCGCCCCUGCGCUACCAGAGUGAUGCUGACCUGGAGGUGCUGAGGAGGAAGCUGGCCAAUGCCCCCAGGCCCUUGAAAAAGCGCAGUUCCAUCACAGAGCCUGAGGGCCCGAGUGGGCCCAACAUCCAGAAGCUCCUGUACCAGCGCUUCAACACGCUGGCUGGUGGCAUGGAGAGCGGUGUGGCUGGAAUGCCCUUCUAUCAGCCUGACGUCCCUCUCGGCUACGUCUCGGGCCUGGGUGAAGCUAAUGCUGUGGUGGAAUCAGCCACUUCCUCAUCAGACCCGUCCGUUCCAGAGCCUGACCCUGCCUCCUCGUCACCCACAUCCGAGGCCAACAAGGACGGGCCAGACCAGCCAGCCGAUCCCACGGAAGCGCCUCCACUUCCAGACACCUCAGGCUCUGCCCCUAAACACACCGCCCAAGACAGUCACAACAGUGACUCUGAAGGCACCAACACAGAGCCCAGCCCAGUGCCUGAGGUCUGUUCCCCAGCAGAGCAAGAGGUCACAGAACAGCCUGCCAGGGGCCCCUCAGUGAAGCGGACCAACCUGAAGAAGGCUGGCUCUGAGCGGAUAGGUCACAGCCUCAGGGUUAAGUUCAACCCACUGGCGCUGCUCCUGGAUGCCUCCCUGGAGGGCGAGUUUGACCUGGUGCAGAGGAUCAUAUAUGAGGUGGAGAACCCCAGUACUCCUAAUGAUGAAGGCAUCACUCCCCUCCACAAUGCCGUGUGUGCUGGUCACCAUCACAUAGUAAAGUUCCUGCUGGACUUUGGAGUCAAUGUCAAUGCAGCAGACAGUGACGGAUGGACACCUCUACACUGCGCAGCCUCCUGCAACAGUGUCCACCUCUGCAAGCUGCUGGUGGAGUCCGGGGCGGCCAUCUUUGCCACCACCAUCAGUGACGUGGAGACGGCAGCAGACAAGUGUGAGGAGAUGGAAGAAGGCUACAUCCAGUGCUCCCAGUUCCUCUACGGUGUGCAGGAGAAGCUGGGCGUAAUGAAUAAGGGGGCGGUUUACGCCCUCUGGGAUUAUGAUGCGCAGAGUGCAGAUGAGCUCUCUUUCUGUGAGGGAGAUGCACUCACGGUGCUGAGGCGCAGAGACGACAGCGAGACGGAGUGGUGGUGGGCCAGGCUCAAUGACCAGGAGGGCUACGUGCCCCGUAACCUGUUAGGGUUGUACCCUAGGAUCAAGCCUAGACAGCGCUCCCUGGCAUAAUGCCCCCCAGUGAUCAGAGACGGCAGUGCGAGCCCUCGUUCCUGGCAAUACUGUGGAUUCACAUUUGGAGUCUGCGCUGCCCAGGCUCUGUUCUCUAUAUGUAUCGUGUCCAUCUCAUCACACACGACAGAGGACACAGCAAAAAAAAAAAAAAAAUGGAGCAUGUCUGCAUUGGGACAGAUUUAUUUAAAGCUGCGAGAACUGAUAUGAAACCUGUUGGGCCUAGUCUUCAGUUUGCAUCCCAGAUUUUCUUUUAGAAGCAUCAGACGUGCUGUUUUUAACUUUACAGCACCUCUCACCCACAUCCCUGUCACAGACAACAGCAGUUGUCCCUCUUCCUUUCCUGAGUCUGGCGUCCUGCGCAUGCAUGUGUGUGUGUUUGUGGGAUGUGAAUGUGAUGAGUCAGAGGCAGAGGAUGCAGUCAGAAGAUCCCGUGUUGGUGUUCUCUGAGUUUAUGUAGGAUGGAGGAAAUGGCGGGAUGGGAGG